AUGCAUCGCCAACCAUGGCCAACUACUCGUCCGCCUGUCCAGGUUCAGCUACAGGACCGAGACAACGCUACUGCCUUGAUCAAUGCGAACAGUGUCCGUCAUAAUGCCGGAAUAUCACUUCAGGGUAAACACUUCGACGCCAUUUCCUUCCCCUCCACGGCGUCCACCAUAACUCCAGCCUCGAAGAAGUCAAACGACGAGGUUGAAAGUCACAGCCAGACUGCGAGUGUCACUAGCAGCAGAUUUGCAACACCAGCUUCAGGACCCACAGUCGGCUCUAUCAACCCUUUCGAUCUAUCUACAACCACUUCAAAUACGCCUCGCCAUGUUCUCAUCCGCGUGGAUGGUGAUGCCGGCUCCUACCUCGAUAGUGUCACUGGCCAACCGGCAUUUCAGGAACAGAAUCUCCCUUCGGAGUUGAAUGGCUCGUUAUCAGUUAGUAACGGGGACCCGAUUCAGACGGGCUGGAGUGUGGACUAUGCGGGCCUGUCCCGUACAUCCCGAGAUUAUGGCAAUGGAAUUGGCUGGCGAUUGCAGGAAGCCGAGGCCGUCGCCGACCCUCACCAGACGUGUAGUUGGCCCCGGAAAUUUGUCUGCUCUUUGUGUUCAUUACGAUGGAAUGCCGUUCCCCUACCAGCAAAAGUUAUCCGCGGCGAUGUCAGUCAGAAAGACAGGAUCGACUUAAGAAUCCCGAAUCCGACAGAUGCUAAGAGAGAUCCAACCUUCUCUCGACCCGGAUGCUCCGAGUUUCACUACUAUCUCGAUCAUGAAUGUUCCGCCAACGAGCCGUGCGUUCGGGGCCUUUGCCAAACUUGCCGACCUGUGUCCCUGUUGCCAGACUUGCAGCCUACGACGCACUGCUGCCCGCCGCAGAUUGCUGAGCCGGGGUAUCUCAAGGAGAUUUAUCGCUGCAUUAUGGACAACUGUGCAUUUCUAACAGACACCAGACGAGAGAUGAAGGCUCAUCUACAUUCCCCAAGAAAGAACGGCCAUAAAGCGUAUCUCACGGGCUUAGCCAAUCGCAUUGAGACUGGGCAGAUACUCAGUGCCAUCGAUAAGGAGAUAUCGUCGCGUCUGAUGCUCAUGUUUAACGAUAGGGACGCCCGAGGACAAAAGUCCAUCUCGCAACCCAUCAACACCGUUCUAGGCCCAGAGGAUAUCAGCAGCCCCGCGGUACUACGAGAACACACGCAGUGGAUGUCCUAUCUUGGCCUGCAUACGCCCGAGCUUCACCGACGUGACUUUUUUGAUCCGAGGACAAACCAGUGGUACUACCGAGAAUACAACCUUGACGACGAUUUCGAGGACGCAUGCGAGAACACCAGGGUUAUAUCUCACGCCACCGGCCGUGCUGUAAGGACGAGCGACUUUCUUUGGCGAUAG